CCGCCACACAGACACAGGCCCCGCCUCCCCAUUCCAAACGGAUCGGAAGGAUCACGAGCCGCCGCCGCCGCUGGGCGCUGGUUGAGCACCACUCCUCGCCGGCCAUGGACAUGGAGGCGCCCGCCGCCGACCCGUGCUUCCCCAUCUACAUCUCCUCCGAGGAGGACGACGGCAUUUCGUUCCUCGGGGACUCGUUCGACCCCGAGGAGAUGCAGAUCCAGGAGGUCAUCCUCCUCUCCAUCGACGCCUCCCGCGCCCCAGCCGCCAUCCCGACCUCCUCCUCCGCCUCCUCCUCGGCGUCUCCCUCCGGGCCCGACGUCGCCGGCACCUCCGGGAAAUGCACCGAAGAGUCCCCUCGCGACCGCAAGGGGAAGCGCAAGCUAUCGGAAGAUGACCCGAGCGAUUCGGGGAAACGGCCGAGGCGCAACCGCUUCAAGUGCGCCAUCUGCAUGGAGAAGGUUCAGGUUUCGGAGCAGUUUAUCGUGAGCCACUGUUCGCAUGCCUUCUGCAAUGGCUGCGUCGGGCGGUAUGUCGCCACCAAGAUCGGCGAGAACGUGGAAUCGAUAGGUUGCCCUGACCCUGAAUGCACAGAGGGCUUCCUUGAGAUCGAAUCAUGCCGAGAUAUCAUUCCCCAGGAGCUUUUCGAUCGCUGGAGUGUUACUCUGUGCGAGCAGUCCCUAGGGAAUGAGAAGUACUACUGCCCUUUCAAGGAUUGCUCAGCGUUGCUGAUCAAAGACAAUAACGGGACGGUGAAAAUCAGGGACACCGAGUGCCCACAUUGCCAUCGGAUGUUCUGCGCGCGGUGCCGUGUGCCAUGGCAUGAUGGAAUCAAGUGUAAGGAGUUAAGGAAGCUUGGGGAUGACGAGAAGGGGGCGACUGAUCUGAUGCUUAAGAAACUGGCUGACAAGAAGAAAUGGCAGAGGUGCCCCAGAUGCAAGAUGUACGUCUCGAAGAUCGAUGGCUGCUUGCUCAUGAAGUGCAGGUGUAAGCAGUACUUCUGUUACCAUUGUGCUGCCCCAAUGAGUAAAGAUCUUCACUAUUGUACGAGUUGCAAGCGCUAGUGAAGGUCAAACAAACUCAGACUUUGUAAAUAGGCAUAGGCAGCAUCUACGAAAUAAGUAGAGUAGGGCAUCAUCUCCCCAUUGGAGAUGUGCAAAGUACACAGGUGAAAGAGGGGACGAGCAGACUAUGUGCAAGAAGAUGUGAUGAAUUUUCCCUCGUUUGAUGUAGGCAGAUCAGCAGCUUUGCACUGGGUGAUGUUAUAUAUACUCUGUGCCCUCAUUCGCCGUAGGCAGGUCAGCAUUUUUGCACUGGUGAUGUUACUUUCUGUUGAAGUUCAUGCAAAUUUUAAUCCCUGUAUCGCAGUGGUGCAAGAAAUGCAUGUAUCUGUAUUCUCCCUGACUGAUUUCACACUUGGUUGUGCUUUGAUGUUGACUGGAUCAAAUGCCGGCGAUUCCCCUAAAA